GCAGAGGUUUCAUACCACAGUGGUUGGGUUGAGGGCUGGGGUAAAGUCUCCUGUACCUGUUGCCCCUGGACAGUCCCUGCUGAACUUAGAAAAGAGCCAGAAGCCAGCUGAGAGCGGAGCAGGGAGGGUGGCACUGCCAGUGCUGCCCCCUCGCCAUCCCCGUGCCAAUCCCCUUGCCCGUGUCCAUGCCACAAGGGCCAGCUGCGUCUCUGCCUCUCCUGCAGCCCCGUGUCCCUACGGUGUCCCAGCACGGGGGCUCCCAGCAAGGCGCCUGCGGUGGCUCCUUACACCACCAUCCCAGGCUGUAGCAAGAGCUGCUGCCGGAAGAGCCAAGCAGGCAGCUGGGAGCCAGCCAGGCAAAGACCCCGUGGCGGAGGGCAGCAUGGCGAAGAGAGUGGCCAUCAUUGGAGGGGGCAGCAGCGGGCUGUGCGCCAUCAAAGCCUGCCUGCAAGAGGGGCUGGAACCCGUCUGCUUCGAGAGGACAGGGGACAUCGGGGGGCUCUGGAGGUUUGAGGAGCACCCCGAGGAGGGCCGUGCCAGCAUCUAUCGCUCCGUCAUCAUCAACACCUCCAAGGAGAUGAUGUGCUUCAGUGACUUCCCCAUCCCCGACGACUUCCCCAACUACAUGCACAACUCCAAGAUCAUGGAAUACUUCCGCAUGUACGCCCGGCACUUCGACCUGCUCCGCCACAUUCGCUUCAGGACCAGCGUGUGCCGGGUGUCCAAGCACCCCGACUUCGCCACCACGGGCCAGUGGGACGUGGUGACGGAGCGUGAUGGGAAGCAGGAGGCGGCCGUCUUUGACGCUGUGCUGGUGUGCACCGGGCACCACACGGAGGCACAUCUCCCGCUGAACACCUUCCCAGGAAUCGAGAAGUUCAAGGGCUUCUACCUCCACAGCCGAGACUACAAGGACGCUUGGGCUUUCACUGACAAGAGGGUCAUUGUCAUCGGGAUCGGGAAUUCAGGGUCGGACCUGGCCGUGGAGAUCAGCCACACGGCCAAGCAGGUCUUCCUCAGCACCCGCCGGGGGGCAUGGAUCCUCAACCGCGUUGGAGAUCAGGGCUACCCCAUCGAUGUCAUCUUCACCACCCGCAUGAAGGCAUUCCUGAAGAAGCUGCUGAGCCCGUCCAUAGUGUGCCACCUUGCCGAGAACCAGCUGAACGCCAGAUUUGACCACUCGCACUAUGGCCUGAAGCCAAAGCACAGGAUCUUUAACCAGCACCCGACCGUCAAUGACGACCUGCCCAACCGCAUCAUUUCGGGCAGGGUGCAGGUGAAGCCCAACGUUCAGGAGUUCACGGAGACAUCUGCCAUCUUUGAGGAUGGCACCAGGGAAGACAUUGAUGCAGUGGUCUUUGCCACGGGGUACAGCUUCUCCUUCCCCUUCCUCGAGGGUUGCGUGAAGGUGGUGGAGAACCAGAUCCCCCUCUACAAAUUCAUGUUCCCGCCGGACCUGGAGAAGCCGACGCUGGCUUUCAUUGGCCUCAUCCAGCCCCUGGGUGCCAUCAUGCCCAUCUCGGAGCUUCAGUGUCGCUGGGCCACCCGCGUCUUCAAGGGGCUGAACAAGCUUCCCCCACGGCACGACAUGGAGGCUGACAUCAAGAAGAAGAGAGAAGCGAUGGCGAAGGAGUACGUGAAGAGCCAGCGGCACACCAUCCAGGUGGAUUACAUCCCUUACAUGGACGAGCUCGCCUGCCAGGUGGGGGUCAAGCCCAACCUGCUCGCCCUCUUCCUCACCGACCCCAAGCUGGCGCUGGAGGUGGCCUUCGGGCCCUGCACGCCAUACCAGUACCGCCUGCGGGGCCCGGGCGGGUGGGAAGGUGCCAGGGCGGCCAUCCUCACCCAGCGACAGCGCAUCAUCAAGCCCCUGCAGACACGGCACGUGGAAGACCACCCCUCCGCCCCUGCCGUGCCCCUCAUUUUCAAGCUGGUCGGGGCUGUGGCCGUCCUUGCCUUUGUUUUUGCUUACUUGUAGGUGCCCUACAAGCGCGGGAAGGGAGGCUCUGCAAUGUGCUGAGGGGCCUGGCUGGCCACCCCCUGUCCCAUGACAGCCUGGGAACCAUGGCAAGAGCCCUCCUUCUGCCUGGCACGUCCCCGCCGUGGCCACACCAUGAGCUUGGGAUGCACAGAGUCUCCCCAGCUGCUGGAAUAAUGCCUCAGUGCCUGCUCUGCACCUCCCUGGGGAGCUGCUGCCAGGGCCAGAGGAGGAAAUGCUCUCACACGAGUAAAAUCCAGUCCCUCUCAGCCAGAGCUUUUGACCCAGCAGUAACACACUGGGCUUUUCUGUCACCUCUAACCCAGCCAUGCCACCCCUGGCCCAUUCACACAAUAGCUAAAUAGCACAGCAGACUUCCUAACUGGAUAAAUGUGUUAAACAGA